AUGUCACAAGACCAGGAACAACAAGUGAAAAACUUGAAAAGAUUAUUAGAAGGUUGGCGCAUGGCGCUUUUGCCACUGAAGGCAGUAUUUUUAUGGGAACAGCGGUGGCAUCCAUGUGCUAUUGUUGCUUCCAUAACACUGGCAUAUUUAUUCAUUUGGCUUUUAGAUUUGAAUUUUCUUGCGACAAUUGCGAUUGUUGGCCUAGUUAUCAAUUUUAUUGAUUUCCUUGUGCCUUUUAUAUGCAACAUAAUUUAUAGCCCCAGUUCCUGGACAGGACAGAAAGAAAAAAUGUUUGAGGAAAUUUGUAGAAGUUUGGUUACUCAAUACAACAAAAUUGUGCACAGCAUUCACACAUAUUAUUCUUUACGAGAAAAUAGCCCUUGCAUGUACUACAUUAUGUCUAUCACCAUGUCCUGCACACUGGCUUGGAUGGCAUCGUCUAUUAACAAUAUAAUAUUGUUAUACAUCUUGUCAAUUGUGAUACUGUUAUGGCCUGGUAUUCAACACAGAGGAAUUUUCAACACAUUACUGUCAAUGGUCAAUAUGGCACCCAAAGUACCAUCAUUGAAAACAGAAUGA